AUGCGACCACUGAACAAGGCCGCAUGGGAAGCCUGCAAAGGCAGAUUCACAAGGAAGAAAGCCGCGACCGAUGAAGAAAUGCAGAAGAAGAUCGCUAAAAAUCCAGAACUAAGCUUGAUCGAUGUGGACUCCAAGAUUAUCGGAAAUCUCCAUCAGAAUGAUUUCAGGCAGUUUGUACUUCUUGGGCUUUCGUCUAAGGAACUGAGAGCGAUCUACUACGUGCUUCCUAAAUUCAGAAGUGAUCAGACCAUCCAAAUUGAG